GAUAAGACAUCCUCUGACACUAUAAAUACCAGUGUCUGCAUUUGACAGUCACUGUAGGGAAUCCACACAGGACAAGAUGAAGGUUUUCUGUCUCAUUGCAAUUGUGGGGGUUGUGUGUGCUGCUCCAGGGAGAGAAAAACGACAGUUUGUCCCGGCUAACACCCACUGCAAUUUCCAGGCAGCCAACCCUUGCACAACUGGCAAGAGUCAGGUGUUUUACCCCCAUCCUAAUGACAACACUAAAUUCAUCCAGUGUAACGCGUUAGGGGAGAUGUACAUCAUCCAAUGCCCAGCUGGAAAGCUCUAUAACUCAGCAACUGUAUCCUGUGUGUCGAGGAACUUUAUUCCAUCCGGCACAAGCGGCGGACAGAUUACAGGACCGGUAUCUGUGGGUAACAAUCCCUGCACACAGGCCAACAUCGCCCGCGGUAACUUCUACUUUGCAGUGUCCGGAGACAACCUCCACUUCAUUGAGUGCGAUCUCCUGGGUAACGCAAAUGUCUUACCGUGUCCCAAUCUGCUUGUGUGGGACCAGACGCGUCUCUCUUGUGUCUACACAUUCCAAGCCGGGAGACCCACUCCCACCCCCAACACCGCCAUUCUACCAAGCACUGGAGUGACCACGAACCCAUGCAAGAAUGCUGUCGUAACCACCGGAAACUCCCAGUUCUACUCUCACCCAGAUCCGUCUAAGUUCAUCCAGUGCGAUAUCGCCGGAAACGCAUUCGUGCUGGCCUGUCCAUCCGGUCUGGUUUGGAAUGAGUUCAGUACUACGUGCGUCUCGCCUUACAGUCAAGCUGUUGGCACAUCCCCAUAGGAAUGUCUUAUAUAUGCAUUUGGAAUCUCUGAACCAGUCUCGGUUUGACUAAUCCCCGUACGAUUGGUGUUGUUUUAUGCAUCAACAAUUAAAUGUUUGAAGUGAU